CGAAUCACACAGUCUCUUUCAGAUCCUUGAUACCUUCGUCACUUAGGGUUUCCACCACUUUUAGGGUUUCUCGUUUUUUGCGUCACUCGGUUGGUUGGGAGAGAUCGUUAGGGGAAGCAAUGGAGAAGGGAAGUAAGGAGGAAGAGGAGCUAAGCCUCUGUGAGGUGAAGAUAGUGAAUCUCGACAAAGCUUGGGAGAAGUUUCAGUCUGAAGCUUCCGAGUUAGUUGUUUUGUCUCUUCAGUGGAGAGACGUGGAGGAUCAUUUGAAGUCAGUGAAAGGCAACGUGGAGAAGAGGUUGGUUGAGUUGCAGAACAGAAGCGUUGAGAUUGAUGAGAGGGCGAAAGUGGUUGAAGCGUGGGAGGGUAAAGUGGGUGAGUUGGAGGUUAAAGCUGAUGGCUUUAGGAGGGAGGUUGAGGGAAAAGAAGAGGAGUUGAGUGGUCUUAGGAUGUUGGUUGAAGAGUGUAGGGUGAAGCAGAGGUUGAAGGCAAGUGAACUUGAUGAGAUGAUGGAAACGUUGAGGAAGACUCAGGGUGAGAUUGAUUUGAAAGGUGGAGAGUUAGCACAGAUGGAGGCUGAUCUGGAGAGGCAUCGUGUUGAGAUGGGUAGGGGAGAAUUGGAUGAGGAGAUUGAGAGAAAGACGAGAGAUCUCAGGUUGGUUCAGGACAAGGUUGCUAAAUGUGGUGAGCUUCUUGAGAGACGCUCCUUGGAACUGACAAAGACUCAGGGUGAGAUUGAUUCGAAAGGUGGAGAGUUAGCAAAGGUGGAGAGGCAACUUGUUGAGGUGAGUGCAGAGAUGGAUAGGGCUGAAACUCGGAGGCGAGAAUUGGAUGAGGAGAUUGAGAGAAAGACAAGAGAUCUCGCCUUGGUUCAGGAGAAAGUUGCUGAAUGUGGUGAGCUGCUUGAGGCACGGUCCUUGGAACUGACAAAGACUCAGGGUGAGGUUGAUUUGAAAGUGGAACAGUUAGGACAGGUUAAGAUUGAUUUUGGGAGGCAUCAGAGUGAGCUUACCGCAGAGGUGGAUAGGGCUGAAACUCGCAGGAGAGAAUUAGAUAAGGAGAUUGAGAGAAAGACAAGAGAUCUGACGUUAGUUCAGGACAAGGUUGUGGAAAGUGAUAAGCUUCUUGAGACACGGUCCUUGGAACUAACAAAGACUCUGUGUGAGCUUGAUUUGAAGGUGGAACAGUUAGGACAGGUUAAGAUUGAUUUUGCCGCUGAGAUGGAGCAUCUUAAGAGGAUUCAAACUCGCAAUAGAGAGUUAGAAGAGGGUAUAGAGAGGAAGAGGAAGGAUCUUGCAGAGGUUCUUGACAAAACUACAGAAUGUGAGAAGGUGCUUGAGACACGGUCCUUGAAACUUGUUUCUAAAGAGAAAGAGCUGCAAGAACUAAGUCUGGACCUUGACCUGAAGGAAGAGGUGGCCAAAUCACUAGACAAGGAGAUGGAGGAGACUUGUCAAAAGACAGAAUCAAAAGCUAAGGAGCUGGAGGCCAUUGAAAGGAUGAUUAAUGAACGGAGUGGACAUUGCGAAUCAGUCAACAGCUUGAUUGAGGAACACACUGAAGAACUUGCUUUAAAAGAGAAGAGACACGAUGAGAUCAGAGAGGCUACUCUUAAACUAUCUGUGGAGAUUGCGUUCAAAGAGAAUACACUCACUGAGAGAAACAAGCAAGUUGAGGAAGGAGAGAAGAAGAUACAAGAAUUGAACAAUACCAGUGAGGAACUUAUCAGACAAGUUUUUUCAAUCAACGAGGCCAUAAGGGAAUGUACAUGCGAGUUAGAAGCUAAGAGGAAACAACGUGAUGAGGUUCAAAGCUCAAUCACAGACCUUACUGCUGUGCUGAAAUCUGCCGAGAAAAAGAUUCAAGAAAGCUUGGAAGACUUGAAAUCUACAGAGGAGAAGCAAGUCAAGUUAAAGGCAUCAUUGUCGGAACAUGAGAAAGGAGUUGAGCUUAGAGAAAAGGAGCUUAUUGCUCGGGAGGAAAAAAUUAAUGAACAAGAUAAGAAACUGCAACUCGCAAAACAGGAGUUGGCUAAAUGGGUUGAGGAUUAUGAGGUGAAAGCAAAACAACUUGUUGCUCUUACACCUCUGGAUAAACCGAUAGGGAACUCAAGGAAACGUGGGAGACAUGAUGCUGAGUCACUGUCUCAGUCGUUCGAUCAUGUGCUAACAAGUUGCACAACCGGGCAAGAAAACACUUACAACUUCGAGAACGAGAGAUCUCCGGACAAGUUUAAGAUUGAUCAAAUAUGGGCUGUUUAUAGUGAUAAUGAUAAGAGGAUGCCAAGAAAGUAUGCUCAGAUCAAGAAAAUCGACACAAGCCCUGAGUUCAAGCUGCAUGUAGCAACUCUAGUGCUGUAUCGCCCUCCUCCUCCAAAUCUGAUGCCACAUCCUGUGUGCUGUGGCCGAUUCAAGUUGAAAAUCGGUAAAGCAGAAGUCCUUGAACCUAGCAGCUUCUCACAUGAGGUUAAAGCACUGAAGACUAGUGUAAAUAGAUUUGAGGUAUACCCAAGAAAAGGUGAGGUAUGGGCUUUGUACAAGAACUGGAACAUUACAGACUGUGCUGAUGGGUCUGAAGAAGAAGAACUUGAGAUUGUUGAAAUAGUGGAAACAGACGAGCAGAGCAUACAAGCAAUGCUUUUGACUGCUAAAGUGUUUAACCAGGUUCUCUACGGAAGGUGUCUUGAGUCAAAGGCCGGUGUUUUAGAUAUUCCAAAGACGGAAGUGAACAGAUUCUCGCAUCAGAUUCCUGCGUUUAGACGUGACAGAAGGGCGGCUCGGUCUGGAGAUUGUGAAUGGUGGGAGCUUGACUCUAAAGCAGUUCUUGAUCUUAACUCAAAGAAUCCAUAAGUCUCUUUGUGUUUUUGGUAACCGCAUAGAUCUGUCUAGUUUCUACAUAAGUAGUGGAAUGUGAUGAUAUAACGGUAAAGUUUAGGAAGCAACAGUUCGUAAAUUUUAGCUGUUGGUAUGAAAAUCUUAAAGCCUUUGUAUGUACUGAACUGAUAAUCUAUUGUCAAAGGUGGAAUGGUGGAUGAGGCCAAAAGGAUCUACUGCAAGAUGUUGAAAGCUGGUAUAAGUCCAGUUGCCGGCCCACAAUCCUAAAAGGAUACAUGAACUGUGGUGAAGUCAAGAAGUGAAUAUUGUUGUCCUAUGAGAAAAUGACGCAAAACUUUGUGGAAGUUGACAGGUUUGUUACCAGCUGUAGGCAAAGAACAAUAGUUUCUAUAAACCAUUUUUCUUCAACAGCCAGUCUUGGAAUCGAGUCUAAAAGUAGCUUAAUAUGAAAUAUGAACAGAGCUUAUUGUGAAAAAAAUAAGUUUAUUGUGA